AUGAAUGAAGGAUUGAGUAAAAAAGAAAUUACUAAGUGCUUUGAAAAGCAAGACUUCAUUAUUGAAAUUCCUUCUAGGAAUCCCACUUCUCAAGGUGAAGAAAAGGACCCUAGGGCACAAAAAAUUAUUGAAGUCCAUUCUUCUGACAAAAUAGAAGACAUUCCAGAUCCUUCAUCUUUAGAUGUAAAUAAGAAGACUCUAAUAAUUUUUGAUGAUCUUUUAUUAGAAAAACAAAAUAAAAUAGAACAAUAUUAUACUAGAGGAAGGCAUUCUUCAAUUGAUUGUUUUUACAUUUCACAGAAUUAUAUAAAGCUUCCAAAGAAUACAAUUAGAGAAAACGCUAACUUCUUUAUAAUAUUCCCACAAGAUAAGAUGAAUUUGGAUUACAUCUACAGAGAUCAUUGUAAUGAAAUAAAAAAGGAAGAAUUUCUUGAAUUUACAAAAGAAGUUUGGUCUACGAAGUACAACUUUUUAACAAUUGAUAAAUCUAGUCCCAUGGAAGAUGGAAGAUUCAGGAAAUGUUUGAAGUAUUUUUAUAUCUUUUGA